UUGAAUUAAAUUUACGUUAAUUUAAUAAAAUAAAUAUUGUUAAAUGUACUGUUACGUCACUAUAUUCAAGUAGCUGUAAUUCAAAAGCUAUGUGGUUACUUCUAUAUAAUAUAACCUCAAUACCUCUUCAAAGUAUCGGAUCUAUUCGAUGUAUGCCUAAUAGUUCGAGGUCUGGGUUAUAAAAGACCAGACAUAAUGUACAUACACUACCGCUUUUGCGUAAUUGUAUUGUCGAAAUCGUUUCGUUCACAACUAAAAGACAUGUCACUACAAUACCGCAAAGUCGACAGCGUAGCUCCAACCUGUUGUCCGUAGCACCUUAUUCCGUCAUAUUCUCCCUGGAUUAAAUGUAUUCCUAAUGUCACUUCUAUAAACUUAAUUGCAAGCAAGCAAGCUGCAAAAUGGACAUUAGAAUGCGAGCAAGAUUGGAUUUUUUUUUCGAUUUAAGUGGAAUUUAUGGAAAGGUGUAAAGUGGCAUAAAAAUCAUGGUGUACCUACAUUUUCCGUCUAAUCUCACUGAAGAAGAGUUGAUGUUACAAGCAAAGUACCAGAAAUUAAAGAAAAAGAAGAAAGCCCUUCAGGCACUCAAAGCUCCUAAGCAGGAACCUGAGAAACCCGUAUUACCUAAACGUCCGACAGAAGCUAGAGACGCUAGAGAAAUAGCACGAAAACUUAUUAAAAGUGGUGCCAUUCCAGCCAUAAAAAGUCCACCAACGCAACCUCAAAAUGCUACCUUCAAACGCCCUCGAGCUGGGAGAGAACGAAAACUGAGUGGUUCAACAGGAGGAACUGGUGGUGUUGCAUCAUAUCAACCAUUUAGUGCUUCUCAAGAACCUCCACCACCUGAAGAAAAACCAACACCUCGAGUCAAAUACCUUUAUGACUCAUUUGUUACUGCUAGAGAUAAGGAUGAGAAAGGAAAUAGAAAACAAGGCGGAGGCGAUGCUCCUAAUACAGGAAAUAAAACAAAUUAUCUGCAGAUUACUGGUACUAAUAUCACUGAAGAAGUUCUUAGACGUCGGUUGGCAUCAUUUGAACCUUUUUCGUUUAUUCAAGAAACUGAUGAUGAUAAAGUAUUUCUUUCAUUUGAUAAUGCAGACAUGGCUAACCAAGCCCAGAUUGCUCUUGAUGGAAAUGAGGAAGGCUGGCGAACUACAUUUGCAAGGAGACCACCUCCAUCAAAGGGAAAUUCAACAUCUGCUUCUCGCAAUCAACCACCACCUAAAGAUUUUAAGAGAUCUCUUGUAACAUAUGAUGAUAUAUUUGAAUAAUCUACUGAUUUAUUAUUAAUAAUGUGAAUUUUGA